AGUAGGUUUUGUCAAGUAAGAGAUGACCGUAUGAUAACAUGACUUGCUGCUACAUCCUCUGCUUCAUAACCUUACCCCAUCAUCCUUCAUCGGGGAAGUUUCAAUCAUUUUUCCGCAGCUUUCUUGUUUGCCAAAAGGAAUAAAAAUGCAAGGAAUUGCUAGGGCUGUGAGAUCAUGCCAUGAGAUACUCAAAGCUGCAGCUUUGGAGCAUUCCUGCAGGAGACGAAUUGCUUGGGUAGAAAGGUUAGGUUCAAGUUGUAAAUGGGUUACCUCUCCAGCCCUAAAAGGAUUGGAGAACGUGACUGUGGAAGAUGUACUGAUGAAAAAGAGCGAAGAAACUGGACCUUGGCUCUGGUGCCACACAAAUGACACUGUUAUUGAUGCUAUAAAAAAUAUGGCUAAAAACAAUAUCGGGUCAUUAGUUGUACUAAAGCCUGGAGAGCAACAAUAUAUUGCAGGAAUCAUCACAGAAAGAGAUUAUGUGAGGAAAAUAGUUGCACAGGACAGAUCACCCAUGUACACUAGGGUUGGAGAGAUUAUGACUAAUGAGAACAAAUUAAUAACAGUGACAUCUGACACAAACAUUCUUCAGGCAAUGCAACUUAUGACAGAGAAUCAAAUUCGGCAUGUACCGGUCAUAGAUGGCAAGCUAGUUGGCAUGAUUUCGAUCAAAGAUGUUGUUCGAGCAGUAGUGGAGCAGCAAAGCGGGGAAUUGAAGCAACUAAAUGAGUACAUUAGAGGAGAUUACUAUUGAAGCUCAUAGCAAUUUCAUUUUAUGUUCACCAAGAUCACUGUAAUAAAACAUAAGCACAAACUUGAAGCUACUUCCCACAUAAAAGUUUUCUAGUUCAACACAUACAGUGGACUUCUAUUUUAGAUAGUGAAGUGCAGAAUAGGAAAAAUGGUUUCCAGCAAUUAUGUGAUGGGCUCACCUUGUUUUUCAUUUUCCAGACCACAUUUCAAAGCGCCCAAUCCAAUCUCUGCAAAUCAGCCGAAUGGUUCUGAAGAACCUGCAUGCAA